AUGAUGACAAGGUCCAGCCUCUCCACCAGCUACUAUGCCUUCACGGCACUCCAUUUCGCCUGCUUUGCCCUCGCCAUCACCGUCUGCGGCCUCUACGGCGCCGACUUGCAGCGGGCGAAGCACUUUGACAAUUACACAAAGUCCAAAUGGGUCUAUGCCGUCGUGGUAGGUGCUUUGACAGCGGCUACGUGCGCCCUCUACUUCAUCCCUUUCAUCAUCGAAGCCGGCGGCAUCUUCGUUGCCUGCUGGGAUACGAUCCUGUUCGUCUUGUGGAUCGCUCUUUUUGGAGUCUUCGGCAAGCUAUACAUCGACGAGAACGCCCAUGGCAACGGAGACGUUGAGCGCAUGAAGCACGCCGUAUGGGUAGACCUGACCAGUGCACUGCUCUGGCUGAUUGCAAGCCUUGCCGCCUUUGCAUACUGGUGGAAGCAUCGCAAUACUCGCACCCGCUUUACUGGUCGAGCAAAGGUCUAG